UUCUUAAUCACCGAAGUAAAAUACAGCCAAAAAGCGUGACUGAGCGCGUGUUCCCACUUCUCCCCUCUUCUCCUCUUCCCCGUCCGUCCGCCAUGGCUACGACGGAGCAGCCACUGAAGAAACGGAAGCUUUACGAACAACUACACAAACCAUCACCAGCACCGCCUCAGUCACCGCCGCCUCCUCCUCCUCCGCAACCACCACCACAGCCUCAACAGCAGAGCGUCGCUGCUCUGGCGAUAUCUCAGGAUGAAAUCCUCCGACGGAGAAGGAACCAAGAAGAGAUUCGCAAUGUUUACGAGUGUUACAAACGCAUUAAAUUCUGCAUCUCACAGAACGAUCAUCGUCUUUCAUCCGAACUCGAACAAGCCUACCUUUCUCUCAUUACUUCCUCAAGAGGCUGCACAAGCGUACAACGUUUAGUGGCUGAUUUUAUUCCUCGAUUUGCUUCGUAUUGUCCUACUGCUCUUGAAGCUGCAGUGAGAGUUGUUAUUAACAUGCACAAUUGGAAGUUAGCUUUGAUUGGUAAAGGAGAUGAUAUAGACGGUGUUGCGUUUGAAACUGCUAAGGCAUGCAUUUUUGGUCUAGCUGAUAUCUGUCAAAGUGCUGCUGCUGAGGCGCCAACAUCAUCAGUUAUUCAAGGAAUUUGCUCCACAGUAUUCCAUGACGCACUCACCUUCUUCAUAUCCAGUUUUGAAGGGAAGGAUAUUCUUGAGAUUGCCGACGAGGAACUUUUUGGUAUUCAAGAUACUCAUUCGUUCUCUGAGUACCAACAAAAAAUUUUAAACAAGGAAAAAUCGGUAUUGCUCAAGCUAUCUGAGUUCCGUGUACUUAGUUUCCUCAGAAUUUUCUUUACUUGCCCAAAAAACUCAAUUGCAUCUUGUUUUGAGCUCUUUGGCUCUACUGGAUCGGAGGAAGCUAAGCGAGAAGGAUAUUACUUACUUCGUCAGUUAACAAACAGGCUUGAUGAUGCUAUUGCUCAUCCUAGGAAUGGCGGAAAUAGUGCAGUGACAUCAUCAGCAACAUCCAGAGAAACAAGUAGCAAAUGUAAGGGUUUUGUGGAUGAUGGCCUUGCAACAUGCAGCAAACAAGUCUCGGACAACAGCUCUAUUGUUUUGAAGAACUGCUUAUUAGGACUGGUCGUAGAGAAAGAUAAUUCUCUGAUGAGUUGGAUUUGCUCAAGGUUUAAGAAAUUAAGUAAAUCAGCAUCCCCUCAAGUUGUUUCAGAUAUUUCCUCAGUUCUUGAAGGAAUAUUGCAGUCUUUCUUAGAUGAAGUGAAGGCAGAAAAAAUGCAUGAGUAUGGCGAUGAGGAUGGUUUGGGUACCGUAAAGUAUGCUAGUGAGUACUCGGAUCAUGAGCUAUCUGCUAAAAAAGAAACUCAUGAAGUUUCUCGAAGCCUAGCAAUCCCUCUGGGAGCAAAUCACCGUUCCAGUAUGAAAUCAAAUACUGAUAGUGGGGAGCAUAGGCCGGUGAUUUUUGAUUCUAAAGAGUCUGGAGUUUUACCGAGGCCUAAAGAGGUUUAUAACCAGCAGAUUCUUUCACCUAUUGCUAGAACACCGUCGAACUUGAGAAGUGGUUCAUCUGAUUUAGGCCACCAUGGUGGCCUGAUGGAGAACCACCAAAAUCCAAAUAUGGACCGUUCAUUACCAGCCUCAAGAUCAUCAGCUGGAGGCAUGAGUUGUUCCAUGGAGUCACCUAUGCAGCGUUUACCACUGCCUCAUUCUUCCACAAAUCAAGUUGUUUGGUACACUGAUGGAGACCCAGCUGCCGCAGAUAUCUUUCCCGCUUCAAAUCAGCUAUGGUUGGGGUCUUUAGGCCCUGAUGCAUCUGAAGCUGCUGUCAGACAUAAGUUUGAGAUGUUUGGUCCAGUGUAUCAAUUUGCAUUCUUUGCAUUCAGAGGUUUUGCUUUGGUUGAGUACCAAAACAUUAUGGACGCGGUGAGAGUCAGGGAAACCAUGCAGGGAACUUCUCCUUGGGGUGCUGGUCUUCGAAUAAAGUUCUUGGAUAUAGGAUUAGGAACCAAGGGGGCUAUAAAUGGUGUUGCUGUUGGUUCUAGUUGCUAUAUUUAUGUUGGAAGUGUUCAGAACCAUUGGAUGAAGGAUAAUGUUAUGCAUGAGCUGAGAAAAGCACUUCAAAAAGGUCCUCGGAUGGUUACUGAUCUAGGCAGCGAAGGUGCAUUGCUGAUGGAGUUCGACACACCUGAGGAGGCCACAAUUGCCAUGAAUCAGCUAAGGCACUGGCGUAAGGGAAGGAGUAACUGCAACCAGCCCCUAAACUUAGGUCCAGCUAAUGCCACCGCGCAUGCGGAAGGUGUAAGACCUAGCUCUGCCUCUGUUUAUGUUGGUAUUGGAAGCAAUAUUUGUACCAAUAGUACUGUUGGGCCAAAUCACUUCCAGAACAUGCUUGAGAACCAUUCUGACAGUCAUGUUCCAAGAAUGUCACGUCUAUCUUCUUUGCUUUCGCAUUUAAGAACCAAAUAUAAUGUUACAUACAAUCCUGGCUAUAAGAGUCAUCACAUGCCAGGGAACUGUGAAACUGGAUUCUCGGGAGGAGAUACAAUGCAGACAAAUACAGUACGGAUUAGCAUUCCAAAUGGUAGCUCCUUGUUUAUCACAGAAGAUGAGCUUUUGGCUAUUUGUAAUCUUUCCAUUGACAACAAAGGUUCUAUCAUCAGGUUAAUGAGGGAAAAUAUGCCUAUGGGUUCUUGUUGNAAUUGCUUCGAGCUGCUUGUCAGAUUGAACUUCUCCUGUUGUUCAAACAGUCACACUGGGCAGCAUCAUAUUCCUGUUCCUGUAAAAAAUGAAGGUAGUAUUAUGGAACUCACAUCACCCAGACUAAAACCAGAGCAAGGUAGCAUGCCUCAUGGUGGAUAUGCACCUCAGUCAAACUGGGCACCUAUAGCAAGCAGAGGGAUGCCCGAAGUUGGUACUGGAAAAGCUGAUAUGUUGGUUCCGAUUCCAUCACCUAGAGGUAAUAAUAUAUUCUCUGGUGUUGUUAAUGACAUGUGGAUGCACAGGAAAUCUGAAGCAGAGCUUCAUUCUAGACCGGCAAUUGUUGCCUGCAAUCCUGCACCUCCUCAAUUGCCUACUAGACCACUACAGCCUAUUCAAGGACCUCCUACCGUGCCGCCGCCAGUUCAAGCACUUCCUCCUGCAGCAGCACAGCCAAUUCAAGGACCUCCUAUUGCACCACCACAGCAAUCACAACUGCCGCCCUUUGGGCACCCAAUGUACUUUCCCCCAACUGGGUGGGAUUCACGUGGUCUGAACCAUAACUUGCCUCCAAAGCCAAUUCCAUCUGGUGCACUUCCUACUAAUCUUCACCAUUGUUCAGUUGCACCACCAUUUGUACCUGCUUCUGUGACUCCACUGUCACAGAUGCAAGGCACCUCCAUGCCACCAUUUGAUCAUAUGUUUCCUGUGCCUGUUGUUCGACCACCAGUGACGUCUUUACCACCACCACCACCUCAGCUUGACUCAUUACCCCCAUUACCUCCACCUGUCUUGCAGCCUCCAUUACCUUCAUCCCCGCCUCCACCACCUUAUCCUGACCCACCUAAUAUUCCUCCUCCACCUAGUUCCCCGCCUCCCCCGCCACCUCCAUUAUCGGAAUCUUCAAAUUUGGUUAGUUCUGAACCCUACUUGCAGUAUCAGUGGCAGGGCUCCUUGAGUAAAAGUGGAGUUCAUUACUGUACAAUUUAUGCACAAAGAGUAGAAUCGGAUGUUUGCAGGUAUUCAAAUGCCAAUGCUGAGCCCACAGAAUGGCCUGCUAAGUUGGAUAUGACCAAACGCACUGAUUUUCGGCAUGUCAAAUCAACAUUUUGUAGUACACCACCCCACAAAAAGGAGAUAUGCUGGUUGCUACCUUCUUCUCUAGUGGAUCACAAGGGCUUUCAAGAUUUUAUAUCAUACCUGAAGCAGAGGGAAUGUGCUGGUGUAAUUAAAAUUCCAGCCAUAAAAUCAAUGUGGGCAAGGCUUCUCUUCAUCCUUCCACAGUCAUCUGAUACCUGCUCUAUGCUCUCAGUUGUGCCUAAUCCAUCUCUUUGUCUAAUUGGUCUGGUGUUGCCUAAAGAAACAAACUUUGAAUGGGUGUGAUGUUAGUAUAUGUGGGCAAUACCGCAUCGGGAAAAGGAUGGACGUGCUGCUAAUUGCCAAAUGCCUCUGCUCGCCAGGUUUUCUUCAGCUUUUUCCAUGAUUUUCAUAAUGGCAUUUCCCAGAACUUUGGGGAACGCCCAUGGAUCACAAAGAUAUUCCCGAUGGGCAUUCAGUUCUGAUUUGCAGUUGCAGCAAUGUGGGACGGGCUGAUAGUGAUUUGCUGGCAAGUAUCAAUCUGAUAUACAUUAUUGGGCAAUAGAUCAACUCCUCAUUCUGUUGAACCGCUGUCAUCUAGUGUGAGAUAGUUACUGAGAAGUUAAUGUUAUUUUAAUUUAAAUUGUAGGUAACUCAAAGAUCAUUUCAUUGAUAUUGCACCAAGUUGGUGCCAACUCGAUGUUAAGUAAUACUGUAGUAGCCAUGAAGUUGGAGGAAAGCAUCAGGAAAGAAUUGUCUUGUUUGUAGGGGAGUCUUUUGUACUUAGAAUCUGCUAAGCCUUUUCUUCUUUCUUUCUUAGCUCCGUUCAUAGUGGAGUGACAUUUUUUGAUGUCCAUGUAAGCAUAGUAGAAUAUGAUUGUAUGUAAAGUGUUAAGUAAAAAUUAGCUGCACGAAUGUCAACUAGUUGGUGCUGGCUUCGCUAAGGAUGGCAGGACUGCUGGUAUGUAGCUCGCUCUCCGCAAGACGUUCUAAUUUUUGGUAGUACGCAAUGUGAGUAAAGUACUAUGUAUGGGGUUGCAAAA